AUUAUAUUAGUAUUAAUGAAGACUCUGAUGAUUCAACAGAUUUAUUUGAUGAAAGUUUUGAUUUAUUAAUAGACUCUGCUAUAUUAAGUAAAACUUCUGCUCUUUGUUUGAGUUUGAAAGUAAAGGUCAUUAUCAAAAAUGAAAAUUCUACACCAAUAUCUACAAAAUAG